AUGGAUGCAAUCGCCCCUCUGCCGCUCCCGGACCAGGCCGCACCGUGCGGAGCAGCUGCAGCGACCGCAUCUGGAUCUAGCACCGCCUCGAUAGCCACCACCGAAGGCACCGUGGUCGCCGCGCCUCUCACUGCAGCUGCCGGAAAGCGGAAGCGACUGGGGCAGCACGUCGUCCCCGCGGCUCCCGCUGGCCCUGCGCUCCCCGAUGCAGUUAAUCCUGUCGUCCCGGCCAAGCGGGUGAAGCGGCCGAGAAGCAAGGUGGCGGCCACGGCACCAACGUCGAAGAAGGCGGCCCCAAAGAAGGCUACGAAGAAGCCACCGGCGGCAAAAGUGGAGCCGCUGACUGCCUUGAUAGCGGCGUUGGUGCCUACAACGACAGAGCCGGAUGAUGCACGCAAGGUGGUCGAUGAAAGUCCCGCGGUUGAUGACGCGCCGUAG